AUGAACAAUUGCAAAAGGCCCGACCUCAUUGUCAACUACAAACACGUUCCAGCACCCAAAUCGGCUGCUGCUGCUGCCAGUCAGGGAAUCUUGGCCCAAUCGAUGCCCAUGGCUGCGAUGUUUAUGAAAAACAAGUUUUUGGCCUGGUUUGCCCUGCUAAGCACCGUUCACUACGCCUUGAACGGCCAAGGCGAGGAGAGCGCUGCGGAACAAUCGCCUUUGCUCAAGAUCAUGAUGUCAGGGGUGUCCCUUGCUGUGUGUUAUAUGAACGUUGUGUUCCCUCAGCCAGGUCCUGCCGACAAAAAGGCGUAA